CGUGCCGUUCCGGGGCAGCACCGGGGCACGAUGGCGGCCACCAAGCGGGUGCUGUACGUGGGCGGGCUGGCCGAGGAGGUGGACGAGAAGGUGCUGCACGCCGCCUUCAUCCCCUUCGGAGACAUCACCGACAUCCAGAUCCCGCUGGACUACGAGACGGAAAAGCACCGGGGAUUCGCCUUCGUGGAGUUUGAGCUGGCGGAGGAUGCAGCGGCAGCAAUUGACAACAUGAAUGAGUCUGAGCUCUUUGGCAGGACCAUCCGUGUGAACUUGGCCAAACCCAUGAGAAUUAAAGAAGGCUCAUCCAGGCCUGGUGAGUUGGUGCCUGGGAGGGAAAGAACAUCUCUGUGGAUGUUCAGAGCUCUGUGCAUAAGCUCAGGUGUGGCCCUUCGGAUCAGUUCCUGUGCUCUGACUUUUCCUUUUGCUGUCACAGUCUGGUCAGAUGACGAGUGGCUGAAGAAGUUUUCAGGGAAGACUUUGGAGGAGAACAAAGAGGAAGGAGGAACAGAGGCCCCCAAACCAGAGGCACAAGAGGACGAGCCUCCCGCCAAGAAAUCCCGGGUCAACCCUCAGGUUUACAUGGACAUCAAGAUUGGGAACAAACCCGCGGGGCGGCUGCGGAUCCUCCUGCGCUCGGAUGUGGUGCCCAUGACCGCAGAGAAUUUCCGCUGCCUCUGCACCCACGAGAAAGGAUUUGGCUUCAAAGGGAGCAGCUUCCACCGCGUCAUCCCCCAGUUCAUGUGCCAGGCCGGCGAUUUCACCAACCACAACGGCACCGGCGGCAAAUCCAUCUACGGCAAGAAGUUUGAUGAUGAAAACUUCAUUCUCAAACACACGGGGCCAGGGAUGGUGUCAAUGGCAAACUCUGGCCCAAACACCAAUGGCUCCCAGUUCUUCAUCACCUGUGAUAAAACAGACUGGCUGGACGGAAAACACGUGGUGUUUGGGGAGGUGACGGAAGGCAUGGACGUGGUGCGGGAGAUCGAGGCUCAGGGCACCAAAGAUGGGAAGACGAAGCAGAAGGUGAUCAUCUCGGACUGCGGGGAGUGCCCGUGAGCUCAGCUGGAUGGGGGGAGCCUGGCCAGGAGGGACAACCGGAAUGGGGCACCCCAGAGAGUCCCCAGCAGCACCCAGUCCUGUGGCCUCUACUGAAAUUCCCCUGCAAAGCUCGGAGUGAAGAUGCCUGUGGGCAGUGCUGAGGGGUCCAACCUUCCCUGCGCUGCCCGAGCAGGGCAGGGCUGGUCCUGCUGCUGUGUUCCAG